AUGUCGUUAAGCGCCAUGGCCAGCACUAUUAUCGAUGGUAGUGUCCUCGAAGGUGGUGGUCAAAUCCUCCGCAAUUCCGUCUCUCUGUCCUCCCUGCUUUCAAAGCCUGUAAAGAUCGAGAAAAUUCGGAACGGCAGAAAACCCCCUGGGCUCAGAAACCAACACCGAACUGGUCUAGAGCUCGCAGCGAAUAUUGCAUCUGCGCGCCUUUCCGGCGCAACGAACGGGUCUACUGAAAUUGAAUUCAUCCCUGGUCGUAUAAAUUUACCAAACCACUUUACUGCCGAUUCAGUCACUGCAGGCUCUAUCACUCUUCUACUGCAGGUCGCUUUCCCUUUGCUUUUGUUCUCACCGACAAAAGUCCCAGAAUCCACUUUGACCCUCUUCGGGGGCACCAACGCUACGCUAGCACCCCAGGUGGACUAUACAAAACAUGUAUUCCUGCCUUUCGUUCAGCGCCACUUCCACAUCGAGAAAGUCUCGUUACAUAUUAAAAAGCGAGGAUACUUCCCGAAAGGCGGAGGGGAAGUGCAAUUUAGUGUCACUCCGUUCUGGGGUGCCGACCAAAAACUGCGCAGCUUUAGCUUGUUGGAACGAGGGAAAGUAAAAUGGAUCGCAGGGGUGGCUCACUAUGCAGGCUUGCCGAAUGCUAUUGGGCAAGGCAUGGUCGCAGGAGCAACCCAACGUCUUGCAGAAGCUGGGUUUGGAUCGAAUACUAGUGACUCGACCAAUACUUUGCAGAUUCCGUCUUCGGAGAAUGUCGAUGUGCCUGUGUCUAUACAGGCAUGCCGAGAACCAAAUUCUCUGACAAAGGGUGCGGGAAGUGGUAUUGUUCUUUGGGCAGAAUUGGAAGGAGGAGGAAUCAUUGGGGGAGAUGCUGUAGGCACCAAAAAUUUACCUCCAGAGCAGGUAGGAAGGUUGGCCGCGGAGUCGCUGAUUAAAGGAUUACAAGACGGCGGGUGUGUUGAUGAGUGGCUUCAAGACCAGAUUAUCAUCUUCAUGGCACUUGCAGAUGGAAAGUCCGAAGUAAGAUGUGGGACGUCAGGAUUGACUUUGCAUACACGAACUGCUAUCUGGUUAGCUGAACAAUUGACCAAUGCUAAAUUUGAGGUCGAGGAAGAAGAAUCCGGGCAUGUCAUAAUUCGAUGCCAGGGUGUCGGUUACACAGCGCCCGCUCCGCCAGACCUGACGGAAGGCAUGUAG